AGAAGUAGAAGGAAGAGACUAGAGAGGAGAAAAAAAAUGUCGAAGAAACUUAGCGCGAACGCCAUGGAUGAUGUUGAUCGAUUGUUUCAGUGUUUCAAGUGUGGGAUUUCUCCGCCUGCUUCUGCUAUGAGAGAAAAGAAACGGAGCAAGAAAAUGUUGAAUACGGAGAAUGACUCUCCUGGGACCUGUAAGAAGUUGCAGCUAAGUUCUUUGUCUAGAUUAUCUGGAAAAGGACAAAGUAAUCAGAUUGAUGGAGGUUUGAGUCUUGAAUCUGUUUCUGGUUCUAGGAAUGUGAAAAAGAGUGUUGGGAGGCAGUUUUCACCCAUUGUAUUUUAUGGAUCUCCAAAUGGUGUUCCUCCGAAAAGACCGUUGAGUUUGUUAAGGCUCUUGCGUGAGAUACGUAUUGAUCUUAGUGAAGAAAGGAAAGCAAUCUCCAGGAAAGGAGUUUGGGCUACAUUUCCUCGGCAAGAUGAAGCGAUAAAGUUUGAAAAAAGGCAUGACAAUGUGCGGAUUUUUAGUUAUCAAGAUCAUUUUAGUGGCCAGAGAAGGUUUCUGGUUUCAACAUAUGAAGAAUUCUGGAAGAGAUACAAAUCUAUGGAUCCAAGGCAUCGACACCAUUAUGAAGUGAUUCAAGAGGGAUUGCCAUGCCAUAUGUACUUUGAUUUGGAGUUCAAUCAGAAAGAAAAUGAAGGAAAAAAUGUGGAUGAAAUGGUUGAUAUCCUGAUAUCAGUCAUUCUUGAAGCCUUGCAUGAGAAAUAUGCUAUUGAAGGACAAGAAGACUGGAUAGUAGAGCUUGACUCCUCAACUAAAGAUAAGUUCUCUCGUCAUGUAAUUAUUAUCAUUCCAAAGGUUGCCUUUAAGGAUAACUCACACGUUGGUGCUUUUGUAGGAGAGCUAUGCUCAAGGAUAGUAAAUGCGAAGGAAACAGAUGAAAGGUUGCGCAAGCUGUUUGUUCACAAAGAGGCUAAUGAUUCGGCAUCCCUACUUUUUGUGGAUACCGCUGUUUACUCUAGAAACCGUUGCUUCCGUCUUGCACAAUCAUCAAAAGCUGGAAAGACGUCGGUUCUUUUACCUACAGGACGAUUCAAAUGUAAGGAUAUGGUAAGUCCACCUGACCACCUUCAUUCAAGUCUCUGUGUUGUCCCUCACUUUCUUUUCCAUGUUGCUAUCUCAGCAUCGACUUCUUGUUUUGCUUUAGAACAAGUUCAUAAAUCAGAUUGUGAGAAGCUUCUGGUUUGCCAGAUGGAAUCAGACUGUAUGAAGAUACUUUGCUUUGACACAGAGGUGAACAGUAACAAUCUUGUAAGAGACCAGAAUGCUCAGAAAUUUCAAUUGAAUGCUUGCACAAGUGACAUGUCAACAUCGUAUUUCGGGGGCAAGUCCCCGUUCCCGCAACUGGACCAAUUCAUAGAAUCCACUGCUUCCACCGGGAAUCUCCCAGGGAAGAUACGCUGCUGGUACUGGUUCUCAGAAGAUGGCCUGAUUGUGUACAGCAUGUUAAGAAACAGAUAUUGCGAACGGAUUGGCAGGGAACAUAAAAGCAAUCAUGUGAUGUACAUCAUUGAUCUCAGAAGGGGAAUCUAUUAUCAGAAAUGCUACGAUCCAGACUGCCGAGAUUAUCGGUCUCCAAUACGUCCAGUUCCAGAUAGUUACCUUCCUGAAGAUAUAAUUUACCAUCAAGGAGACACACAGAGUCUCUGUGACAACCUUUACUCUGAAGGAGAAUGUUACGUUGAUAACGAAUGUGAUCCAGAUAGUGCUGCUAGCAGAGGCUCAUGGUGGCUUGAAGCAGUUAAAGUCGCAGAUGAUCUUGAAAGCAAACCCAAGACAGUUGAACCUCUUACCUGGGAGAAUUGCGAGGAAGAUGAUGACUGGUGGGUAGCUGCUGCAGAAGAGUCACUAAAACAAAUCGCAUCUUUAAUUUUCAUACCAGCGGCGUCUUUUCCAUCGAUCCUCUCACAUGAAACCUUGAUCCAUCACUUUCAGACCAAUCUUCCCAAACAUUCUUCAACAAUCACAAGCCCUGUCCGGCAAAACUACACCGUUUCAUCACCUUCCUCUCUCCUCCUCAUGCCUUCUUGGUCAUCUUCUUCUUCUCUCCCUUACAUGGGCGUCAAGCUCGUGACCUAUUUCCCUCAUAACUCCUCUCAGAACUUACCUGGCAUCCACGGAUCAUACACACUCUUCAGCUCCACUACAGGCCAAACCCUAGCUACAAUGGACGGUACUGUUUUAACCCUUUACCGUACUUCCUCUGUUUCAGGGUUAGGCUCCAAAAUCCUAGCUAGAGACGAUAGUCAAGUGCUGAUCAUGGUUGGUUCCGGUGCUCUCGCACCACACCUGAUUAAAUCUCAUCUAGCUGCAAAACCAAGCUUGAGAAGAGUGAUCAUAUGGAACAGAACUCAUCAAAAGGCUCAGGAUUUAGCUGAAACACUCUCUAAGGAUCCUCAACACAAAGUGAUCUCAUUCGAGAGUCACGAGUCGCUAGAUGCAAUCAUUCCUCUGGGAGAUAUAAUAAGCUGUGCAACAAACUCAACUGUUCCAUUGGUCAAAGGUGAGUUCUUGAAACCCGGAACUCAUCUUGACCUUGUUGGAUCGUUUAGCCAUGAAAUGAAGGAAUGUGACGACAAUGCGAUACAAAGAGGGAGUGUGUUUGUCGAUAACGACACUGCGAUGGUAGAAGCAGGAGAGCUUGUGGGAGCGUUCGAGAGAGGAGUGAUUAAGAAAGAAGACAUUUGUGGGAAUUUGGUAGAGUUGAUCAAAGGUGACAAAGAAGGCAGAAAGAGUUCAACAGAAAUAACAGUGUUUAAGUCCGUUGGCUCGGGUACUGUAGAUCUCUUAACCGCACAACUUGUUCACGAGACUUAUCUCAGCCGUUGUUAAGUAGUGAAUCAAUAAUCUUGUUCGAUCCUUGCGUUUUCGAAUAUUGUCACAUUGUCGUUUAAACGAAAUAAAACCUUGCUAUAUGG